UGUGUCAGUCAGGCAGCGAAAGGCAAUCGGUGUGGAUGGCAAUGGCGAGCGCUGUGCAGGGGUUCGCCCUGCCCGAGUACAGCGUGCCCAUGCGACGCCGCCAGCGACGGCCCUCGUUGGACGCCGCCAGGCGACACUUGCACUUCGCAGAGCCCGUCGUCACCACCAUCGAUGACGAGCAGAUCAUUCCUAAGGAAAUCAUCUGCCAGGCUGCCCUCAGUGAAGGCGAAAUUUGUGACUCCUGCUACGCUGGGCCAGGUCUGCUGAAGGUGGACGGGGUCACCCUGGACUGCAGCAGCUCCGACGAACUGCGCGCCAUACGCAGUUCAGACACGAACGACGAACUCGACGCACUUUGCUACCCUAAGGAAAUCACAAACGAGCACGCGGUGCAAAGCAGCUUGGAGGUCGGCGAGGAGAGCGACGAUGAAGUAACGGGCGAUCUCAUUUCGGACGAGGACAUCGAGGAAUUGCUUUCGGACACUGACAAUCACAUGAAUAAUCUAACACCGAUGGGUGGUGUAAAAGCACCAUCGACGACGUCAUCCGGAUCGUCUUGCGACGGUGACUCGGUUAUCUACCUUGGGCAGAGGGACACAUACAAAGGGGUGGAAGAGUUGGUGGUGACGGCUGAAGAGUCUCUUUGCCUCCAGGCGGCCGAGAGUGCCCGCUCGCUAGAGCUGCCUGUGCCGCAGCAUGCCAGUUCCUUUGUUAGCUUUUCACCGCCGUCGAUGGAAAGGACGCCAGCAGAACCCUUGGUCAUCGACACACAACAACAGCCGGCACCCCGUUCAAAUUCUGCCGACUCUGGAGUGUGCUCUCAGCCGGAGGUACUGUGCAGGCGGUCUCCGUGUGGCGCACCUGGCGCGUCCGCAAUCGUCGCCAUUGACCUGGGCACCACGCACAGUGGCUACGCGUACAGCGUGUGCAGAGAGCCUGGCAGACAAGUGCACUUCAUGCGCAGAUGGGAGGGAGCGGAUUCGGGACUUGUGAACCACAAGACGCCGACUGCGCUCUUGCUGACCCCCACGGGUGCCUUCCACUCCUUUGGCUCCACGGCGCGCGAUUUCUACCACGACCUGCCGCAAACUGAAGCUCGAAAGUGGCAGUACUUCGAGAGAUUCAAAAUGUGCCUGCACCGAGACACAGAAUUGCACCGAGACACCCCAAUCGCAGCUUCCAACGGCAAAACGCAGCCAGCUCUCGUCGUUUUCGCCCACUCGCUAAAACACUUUAAAGAGCUGUCCAUGCGCGAGUUGAACGAACGGUGCGGACAGAACAACGCGCCGGACGCGUCGGACAUCAGGUGGGUCGUCACCGUGCCCGCGAUCUGGAGACAACCCGCCAGACAGCUCGUGAGGGAAGCUGCUUAUCAGGCCGGUUUGUGCAACGCUGAAAGUGCGGAACGACUUCUGAUCGUGUUGGAGCCAGAAGCGGCGGCUGUCCAAUGCCGGGAACAACUUUUGAACGAACACUCCCAGUUAAUUCGGAAAAGCGGAGCCUCUUCAAAGUCAAGCUCGAGCAACUCGUCGGACAGCGGCAGCAACAACAGCAGCCUCUCGCUUACCGACUCGCCCGAGCCAUUGACCCCGGUUCGAUUUUUGGUGGCCGACUGUGGGGGUGGCACCGUCGAUAUUACGCUGCACGAGCUAUCAGGCCGCGAUGCGACGCUAAGAGAGCUUUUGCCCGCCACUGGAGGGCCUUUCGGAGCCACAGGGGUCGACCGCGAGUUUGAGUCGCUCUUGGCGGCGCUCUUCGGAUCCGACCUGAUGGUCCAGUUUAAAGAGAAGAGGCCGGCUGCCUACACGGAGCUGCUGAUGGCCUUCGAAGGACGCAAGAGGUGCGUCGGACCCCUGAAGGACCACCCUGCAAAUAUUUUCCCGCCCUACGCGUUUGUCGACUUUUUCCGCAGGCACUCUGGCAAAGAGGUGGAAUAUGCGAUUAAGAAAAACGGUCGCAGGGACAUUUCUUGGUGCCGAGAUGGAGUUUUGCGAUUCCAGAGCAGCGCGAUGCUGCAGUUGUUUAAAAAUACAGUUCAAAAAGUGGUCGAGUACGUGAAGGACGUUCUCGAGGACCCGAUUCUGAGCGACUGCCCCGCGCAGUUUCUAUUCCUUGUCGGCGGAUUUUCUGAGUCUGAGGUUUUGCAAAAAGCCAUGAAAGACGCAUUCGGCUCUCAGAUUCGAAUUGUUUCUCCUCAGCCAUCAUCCCUGGCUACUUUGCGCGGCGCUGUGCUUUACGGACUUGACACAAACGUGAUCAGCGCCAGACGAGCGAAGCAUUCCUAUGGGGUGGGGGUUCUGAAGAAAUUCAUGCCAGGACUUCAUCCAGCAAAUAAAUUGGUCAUUUCGAAAGAUGGACAGAGAUGGUGCGCGGAUGUCCUAGACUGCUUUGUGACCGCCGGACAAAGUCUGAGCCCUGGGCAUGCUGAAACACGGAGAUAUGUUGCCGCCAGUUCGGGCCAAAGGGCAGCCGUUCUUAACAUAUACUGUGCAAGCACUCAACCAAUACCAGGAAAACCACAGUACGUCACUGAUGAGGGUGUAACUAGAUGCGGAAUCCUGACACUAACAUUAGAAGAUGAAAAUGAGAACAUCUACGCCGACCCGCACCAGUUGGGCCUGGGCCGCAUCGAUUCCAUGAAGCCCUUGGGCUCAAACUCACUCGAACAAACAGCUUCUACUACCAGGAGGGAGGUGAACGCGCACAUGUACUUUUCCGGCAAUGAGCUAGUAGUGUCAGCAGUGGAUACGGUCACUGGCAAGUGCGUAAGGGCAGAAGUGGACUUUUUGGCAGGGGACUAGAAGUUUUACUGUUUACCCUUAUGAAGCUAGUUAAAUUUUGUACAUUUUGGUUGUAAAAAAUAAAGUUUAAUGGGCUAGAUAAUAAAAA